GCCGCCGCUUCAGCACCAGCUCCCGGACAGCGGCGCCGCCCACGGGCAUGGACGCUGAUAGCGGCAGCAGCAGCAGCGGUCCGGCUCCCGGCCCGGGUCCGGAAGAGGAGCAGCAGCCCAAGGAGGAACCCUUGGCCCCAGACGGCAGCUCCCCGGACAGGUCCCAAAGCAAGGCUGUGACCCCUGAGGCAAGCCCAGAGAAGAGCUGCUCUCUCCACAGCUGCCCCCUUGAGGAACCUUCCAGUUCUUCAGGACCCCCACCAGCGACUUCCACCCUCCAGCCUGGGGGCCCGUCCAGCCCCUUGGCCCCUGCACACUUCACCUAUCCCAAGGCACCACAGGAAUACCGGGGGGACAGUUCCCUGCCAGGGCUUGGGGACCGGGCAGCUCUAUGCUCCCAUGGCUCUAGCCUCAGCCCUUCUCCAGCCCCCUCACAGCGAGAUGGGGCCUGGAAGCCACCAUCCGUGCAGCAUCAUGUGGUCAGUGUCAGGCAGGAACGGGCCUUCCAGAUGCCAAAGAGCUAUUCCCAGCUGAUUGCCGAGUGGCCGGUGGCCAUGCUGCUGCUGUGUCUGGCUGUCAUCCUCCUCUGCACCCUGGCUGGACUGUUGGGGGACCGACUGCCCGACUUCUCCAAGCCCUUGCUGGGUUUUGAGCCUCGAGACACAGACAUUGGGCGCAAGCUAGUGGUCUGGAGAGCACUGCAAGCCCUCACAGGCCCCAGGAAGCUGCUUUCUCUUUCCCCAGACUUUGAGCUGAACAGCUCAAACCCCCACACCACUCUGAGCCCCACACCCUGGAGCAGUGCCCAGGAGGGCUUGGUCCGGCCUCGAAGGAUGGUGGAACCCCUGGAAGACAGAGGGCAGGAGGACUUCUUUUGUGGUCCCCCUGAGAAGAGCUAUGCACAGCUGGUGUUCAUGUCGACCUCAGCGGGCAGCCUGUGGAACCUGCACGCCAUCCAUUCCAUGUGUCGCAUGGAACGGGACCAGAUCCGCUCCCAUACCCGCUUUGGGGCUCUGUGCCAGCGGACGGAAGCCAACAAGUGCUGUCCCAGCUGGUCCCUGGGCAACUAUGUGGCCGUGCUCUCCAACCGCUCCUCCUGCCUGGACACGACCCAAGCGGAUGCAGCCCGAACACUGGCCCUUCUGCGGGCCUGUGCCAUCUACUACCACCGCGGUGCCCUGGUGCCCUCUUGUCUGGGCCCCGGGCAGGACAAGCCCCCGCACUGCGCCCAGGUUCCCACCAAGUGCUCUCGGAGCAGUGCCGUCUACCAACUCCUCCACUUUCUGCUGGACAGGGACUUCCUGAGCCCCCAGACUGCUGACUACCAGGUGCCCUCCCUCAAGUACAGCCUGCUCUUCCUGCCCACUCCCAAGGGUGCCUCUAUGAUGGGCAUCUACCUGGACCGCCUAGCCACCCCCUGGGGGCUCUCUGACAACUACACAUCCAUCACUGGCAUGGACCUGGGCCUCAAGCAGGAGCUGCUGAGGCACUACCUGGUCCAGGACACGGUGUACCCCUUGCUGGCCCUGGCUGCCAUCUUCCUCAGCAUCGCCCUCUACUUGCGCUCCCUCUUCCUCACACUCAUGGUGCUGCUGGGGGUGCUGGGCUCCCUCCUAGUUGCCUUCUUUCUUUACCGUGUGGCCUUCCGCAUGGCCUACUUUCCCUUCGUCAAUCUGGCAGCCUUCGUCCUGCUCAGCAGCGUCUGCGCCAACCACACCCUCAUCUUCUUCGACCUGUGGCGCCUCAGCAAGAGCCAGCUGCCCUCCGGGGGGCUGGCACAGCGCGUGGGCCGCACCAUGCACCAUUUCGGCUACCUGCUGCUGGUCUCGGGCCUCACCACGGCCGCGGCCUUUUAUGCCAGCUACCUGAGCCGUCUGCCGGCCGUACGCUGCUUCGCCCUCUACAUGGGCACGUCCGUGCUGGCGCACCUGGCGCUCACGCUGGCCUGGCUGCCCUCCGCCGCCGUGCUCCACGAGCGCUACCUGGCCCGCGGCUGUGCGUCCCGGGCGCAGGGCCCGUGGGGCGGCAGUGCGCCCCGGCGGCUGGCGCUGGCGCUGCACCGGCGGCUCCGCGGCCUUCGGAGGGCGGCGGCCAGCACCUCGCGCCUGCUCUUCCAGCGCCUGCUGCCCUGUGGGGUCAUCAAGUUCCGCUACAUCUGGAUCUGCUGGUUCGCCGCGCUGGCGGCAGGGGGCGCCUACAUCGCCGGCGUUAGCCCCCGUCUGCGGCUGCCCACUCUGCCGCCGCCCCGCGGCCAGGUCUUCCGGCCUAGCCACCCCUUCGAGCGUUUCGACGCGGAGUACCGCCAGCAGUUCCUGUUUGAGCGGCUGCCUCAGGGCGAGGGCGGCCACAUGCCUGUGGUUUUGGUGUGGGGCAUCCUGCCCGUGGACACUGGCGACCCGCUGGACCCUCGCAGCAACAGCUCCCUGGUGAGUGACCCUGCCUUCUCUGCCAGCGGUCCCGAGGCCCAGCGCUGGCUGCUGGCACUCUGCCACGAAGCUCGGAAUCAGAGCUUCUUUGGUGUCCAGCCCGAGGGCUGGCCCACGCUGUGCUUCAUGGAGGCCCUCCAGCGCUGGGUGGAGAGUCCUGCUUGUGCCCGCCUGGGGCCUGGCCUCUGCUGUGGCCACUCAGGCUUCCCUUGGGCACCCCAGCUUUUCCUGCACUGCCUCAAGAUGAUGGCUCUGGAGCAAGGCCCCAACAGCACCCGUGACCUAGGACCCCGCUUCAAUAGCCAGGGCGGCUUGGCUGCCCUGGUUCUGCAGUUCCAGACUAACUUCCAGUACAGUACAGAUUACAGCCAAGCACACCACUUCUAUGCUGAAGUCAGCCACUGGCUGGCAGGGGAGCUGGGCAGAGCACCUCCCGGCCUCCACCGGGGUUGGUUUACCAGCCAUCUGGAGCUGUACAGCCUGCAACACAGCCUGAGCACAGAACCUGCUGUGGUGCUGGGCCUGGCUCUGGCGCUGGCGUUUGCCACACUGCUGCUGGGCACCUGGAACGUUCCGCUUAGCCUGUUCUCUGUGGCAGCGGUGGCAGGCACCGUACUGCUCACCGUGGGGCUCCUGGUUCUACUCGAAUGGCAGCUCAACACUGCCGAAGCCCUCUUUCUCUCUGCUUCCGUGGGCCUCUCAGUAGACUUCACUGUCAACUACUGCAUCUCCUAUCACCUGUGCCCACACCCCGACCGCCUGAGCCGCGUGGCCUUCUCACUGCGCCAGACCAGCUGUGCCACGGCUGUGGGGGCCGCGGCCCUGUUUGCGGCCGGUGUGCUCAUGCUGCCUGCCACAGUGCUGCUCUAUCGCAAGCUGGGCAUUGUCCUCAUGAUGGUCAAGUGCGUCAGCUGUGGCUUUGCCAGCUUCUUCUUCCAAUCUCUGUGCUGUUUCUUUGGACCAGAGAAGAACUGUGGGCAGAUCCUCUGGCCUUGUGCCCACCUGCCAUGGGAUGCUGGGAAUGGGGAGCCUAGUGGGGAAAAGGCAGGCCGCCCAAGAUCAGGGCCAGUGGGAAAGGCACCCGGAUCCUGCUCGGAACAAUACGAGCUACAGCCCCUGGCACGGCGCCGGAGUCCCAGCUUUGACACCAGCACAGCCACUAGCAAACUGUCCCACCGGCCCUCGGUGCUCUCUGAGGAUCUACAGCUGCAUGAUGGCCCCUGCUGCCCCCGGCCCCCACCGGCCCCUGCCUCCCCAAGGGAGCUGUUCCUGGACCACCAGGCAGUCUUCAGCCAGUGCCCGGCCCUGCAGACCUCCUCCCCCUAUAAGCAGGCUGGCCCCAGCCCCAAAACCCAAGCCAGGCAGGACUCCCAAGGGCAGAAGGCUGAGCCCGUGCAGGCCUCACCAGAAGUCUCGGCCCACCCUCCCAAGCCCAAGGCCGUGGAGCCUCCGGAUUGCCUCUGCUCCUCAGCUAGCACCCUGGAGGGGCUCAGCGUCUCUGACGAGACCUGCCUAAGCACCUCUGAGCCCAGUGCCCGAGUGCCAGAUUCUGUGGGUGCCUCCCCAGAGGACCUGGACGAAACAGAGCAAACGGUACCUGAGCGGGGCCAGCUGAAUGAGAAGCGAGACACCCUAUGGCUGGCACUGAGGGAGACCGUGUAUGAUCCGUCGCUGCCUGCCUCCCACCAGAGCAGCUCCUCCUGGAAGGGCCGUGGGGCGCCAGGGGAUGGCAGCCCUGUGGUGCUGCCCAACAGCCAGCCAGAUCUGCCAGAUGUUUGGCUACGCAGGCCCAGCACCCACACUUCAGGCUACAGUAGCUGAGGGAGGCCCAGGAAGGCAGGACUGGGGCGCAGAGCCUGUCAGAGGUGACAGGAGGGGGGCAGCCCCAGACUGGAGCCUGAUAGUGUCUGCCCGCAUCAGCAUGGAGAGGUCUCACCCUCCAGCUGUGGAUUUUAAACCCUGCCAGAUGUUUCAGCCUUGGUCCAGACUGCUACUUACUCCCCACAUCUGGAGGAUUCAGUGGAGAGGGUCUUUGGAGAGAAAUGUCAAGCUCUCCUUGUAACUUGCUGAGGUCUCACUUGUCCCCAUAUGCCAACCAGGACCUCUGGAAGGGGGAGGGCCAGAUGUGUAGCUCCAGGUAUCAGGGCGAGGCUGACCCAGCCCCCAAGCCAAGUGGGACGAAGGGACUCAGUCCGUGGAAUCCUGCCAGGGCACCUCACCAACCAGAAGAGCCCUAGGGAGCCUCAGCAGCCUCCAGGGCCUCACACCUUUCAGGGGCUCUGCAGCAGGACACUUCCUUCUCUUUGGAGAGCUUCUCUGGGCCGGAAUUAAGUGACUCUUUCCUGAACAGCCCUACCCCCUCACACUCCCCGGGCUGACCAGAUAUUUGCCAGGGCCUGGCAGAGACGGCUGCUGGGAAUGAAGCAG